GGAAAGUGAAAGUCAGGAAUUAACUUCCUGGGGAGACGCGAGAUGGCCGCUGCUGUGGGCAGAUCCCUGCAGGACCUCAGCGAGGAAGCCACUUGCUCCAUCUGCCUGGAUUAUUUCAAGGAUCCAGUGAUCACAGAAUGUGGGCACAAUUUCUGCCGAGCCUGCCUGACUCACUGCUGGGAGGAGUCGGAGGGGGAAGAGGCGUCCUGCCCCCAAUGCAGAGAAAAAGUCCGAAGGAACCUGAUCCCCAAUCGGCAGCUGGCCAACUUUGUGGAGAUCGCCAAGGGGCUUCGCUUUCAAGGGGAAACGAUCACUGAGGGAAAGGGGGGAGCCUGUGGGAAGCACCAGGAGCCCCUGAAGCUCUUCUGCAAGGAUGAUGAAGCCCCCAUCUGCGUGGUGUGUGACAAGUCGAAGGAGCACCGAGAGCACCAGGUGGUUCCUCUGGAGGAAGUUGUCCAGGAGUACAAGGAUAUGAUCUGUCAUCACCUGGUGCUUCUCAAAGAGAAGAGAAUAAAAAUUCUAGCAUACAAAGCAGAAACAGAAGGAAAAAGCCAACACUUACUUACUGUGAUGUCUGAUCAUUGCUUUUCUUCAUUGCAUGAGCGACUGGCUGGUGAGGAGAAGACGAAGACUUUUCAGAAUCCUCUGGCUUUCCCUCCUGAAUUGAAGUUGAAAGUCUGGGAUGUCUGUGAUCAAAAUAUUUUUCUAGCUGAGAUGAUGCAGCAGUUCAGAGAUGCUUUAUUAACUGGACCUGUAUUGCACAAAGCAAAUGUCACCCUGGAUCCAAAGACAGCAAGCCCCCGCCUCGCCCUGUCUGAGGAUUGCAAAAGUGUGAGACACGAAUUCAGAUGGCAAGAUGUGGAAGACCAUCCUGAGAGAUUCAACUUUUCUCCUUUUGUGCUGGGACAGGAGGGAUUUACUGCAGGCAGACAUUACUGGGAAGUCACGGUGGAAAGGGGGGAAAAUUGGGCUGUGGGGGUGGCCAGGAAGUCCGUAGGGAGGAAAGGCCAUGUUGGUCUGAAUACUAAGGAAGGAAUCUGGGCUGCAGGGAAAUGGAAAAGUUGCAACGAUGUGGGCUCCAGUGAUCCACCCCAAUCUUUUGUCUCUCUGAGUGGGAAGCCGAGGAGGAUCCGGGUGUCCCUGAAAUGUGAUGUGGGACAGGUGUCCUUUUAUGAUGCUGAUACACAAUCCCAUCUCUACACUAUAUCUGGAGCCUCUUUCACUGGGGAGACCUUUCUCCCCUUUUUUGGUGUUUGGGGAAAAACCUUCCUCACCUUAAGGGACUCAAGCCGACCUCGGAGGAAAUCUAAACUGGUCAAGAAUCCUGCCCUAAAGAGGCUUAUGGACGCCCUCCCCUCUCAGAAAACAAUAUGAACUAAGAUGGGGGGGUAUCUGCUUUCCUCCCUCCCUUUCCCAGAUUCCUUUCCUCCUUUUUUCAAUUAGUUCUUUAAGAGACAGCAGCCCUUUUUACUGCAUGUCAAAAAUCUCCCCUCUGUAUUUUUUGAAAAGAUAUCACAUCCGCAACUCAUUUUUUUAUUCCUUUCACACCACCCUGACUGACUUUGCUGUUAAGAUUCACUGUCCCCACCUCCCCCCAAAAAAUAUAAGAAUACACACUCUUUUCCCAAUAGAGCCCUGACCUCAAUCAAGCAUGAAUAAAUUGUUGUUACUUGCUGGAUAAUGUGCUAUUUUAGGAAAAAUCACUAAGCUCAAGAAAGCUAACUUGUGUAUUUCCCUCAAACAAAUAAACAUGCUGUGCAUUUUGCCA